UAUAGUUCCAAAUAUGUUUAUAUAUUUUAUGUAUUUAUAAAUUUAUUUUCUUUGUUUUUAAGGGAUGUUAGGAUUUUGAAAUUGGAAAAAAUUAUGACCGACCUCUAUAUUAUUUUAAGUAGGAUAAAAUUUAUAUCAGAAUAUUUUAUUAAACUUUUAUUUUAAUUUUUAUUAUAACUGCAAAGAUUAAUUUCAAUAUAAAUUUAUGUUUAAAUACUACAAAUACAUCAUUUAAUAUAAAAAAAAAAAAAACUAAAAUACCCGACCGGUCGGGCGGGUGAAGGUCUAGUUGCUUAUAAAAAAGAAGUUAUAAAAAGUUAAUCAAAGCUAAAAUUUACAUGUUUAAAAAAGAAUUAGAAAUGGAAAUUGCUUAUGUGAUAGAAUUCUUGAUUUGAUUUAACUUUUCCGUGUGUCAAAAAGAUUUAAUUUUUAUGCCUUCAGUUAAAAAAAAGGAUUUAAUUUUUCCUUUAUCAAAUUUUCAAAAAGAGGUAACAGAUCACGAAUAUUUGUUUCUUUUAAUUCUAACAUUUGCUAUGUACAAAAACUAUAAAACUCAAGUGGUUAAUAUAGUUUUUCAGGGAGUCGCUUUCACUUCUUCUCUAAGCAAUUGAUAUAGAUCUACGGAGAAUCUCAAAAGCAUCAAAUUGCAUACCUUUAGACUACUUCUUAAUUGAUAUAGAUAUCUACGGAGAAUCUCAAAAGCAUCAAACUGCAUACCUUUAGACGCGGACACAUUUAUUUGGAAUCGACCGAACGGAACAGAUCCGAAAAGAGGUUUGAUAAGGGUUUGGACCCUAUCAACUAUGCAACCAUAUAUCUCUAGAAAAUACCGGAACCGAACCAAGAACCAAAUGAGUACCCAAAUCUAAUCAAACGAUAACAAAAGGGACUGAGGGAGAGUUUUUAGAGUGUCCACGUUGGAUAGAAAAAUUAGCCAAUCAGAGACUUUUUUUUUGACACGUCAUUAUGACUGCUUUCGUAUGGGCUUAAUUGUUCAGAUUUCGUAUGGGCUCUAUUGUUUCGUAUGGGCUUUAUUGUUCAGAUUAUCAUGCGGCCCAUCUUAUCAUGCCCACAAAUCUGAUCUCUCUUCCAGCGUCGAAAGCUUUCCUCCGACUCUUCCACCUCCAACUUUUCCACUUCAUCUUCUCCAACGCCUGCCUUUUUUCCCACUACGUUCUCAAUCAAUUACAUUGUUAAAGAUGGUCUUCGAUGUUGUGAUCCAUCUCCCCUUUACUUCUCUUAUAUAUAGCUCUAUCCCUAAACCUAAUUCUACCCUAAAUAAAAAACCUACUCUGCAAAAAAAAAAAAAUCUAUGGCAAUGAAAUCCGCCGUAAAGUCUCAGCUUACCACCGGAAAAGCUCCCCUCGCCAUGUAUUUCAAUGACAUUUCUCCAGGACUAUCAGAGUCACAGCUCCGAUUUCGAGUAAUCCACUUUUGGGAGGCAAAAAAUAUAGCGAAUGGGACCCUCAUUGGGAUAGAGCUCUUGCUCAUCGACGAACAUGUAUAGGUUCUAAUCUUCAACUUUCAUUCCAUUGUAUUAUAAACCACCAUCCUUAACUUGAAUUAUUUCAACUCCUGCAGGGGACUGUGAUGCAAGGAUUCAUUUCCUCUUCUCGUGCUCCAACAUACCUGCCUCAUCUGAAAGCAGGAGCAAUUUACACCCUUCAGAAUUUAACACUUUCAUUCUCGAACGGCUCUGUUCUUGCUCCUCUCGACGACAUCCCCGUCUCCGUCUCUUUUCCAACCGACAGGUUCAGGUUCCACACACAUGAGGAUUUCCAAGCUCACCGUGGUCUCAGCGGCGAUCUCUACGGUAAAAUCUGCUCUCAUUUAGUUUUCAAACUGCGUAUUGAUUCUUAUUGGGGCGGCUUCUCUACUAAUCUUCAUAUACAAUGUUUUAGAUGUCGUUGGCCACUUGAGGCUGGUGAGUGGCCAGUCUCUCAUUGACCGCCCCGUCCUUGACGAAGCCGAAGUAAUCGGAACGCGUCGUAUUUUGGUUCAUUCGUUAUAAUUUUAGCUCGCUGUCAUCUCCAAAUACAUGUUUAGUAUUGUUUCAUGUUUUAUUUUAUAUGAGAUUAGUAAUAUGUUCGCUUUUUGUUAUUGAUUUCAAUAUAUCUGAAUCAUAUAGAUAUAAACAUAUAUUCAUACGUUGUGUUUUACAAAAUAAAUCAGCUAAGUUGUUUUAGUUUGGUGAUAAAAUAAAGGUUAUAUAUUGGGCUGACGCCCUAAUGCACUGCAAAACUUACUCCGUAGGACAGCUUAUUAAAUCUUUCUCUGUUUUAAAUAUACUUUUACAGUGGACCUGUUAUGAAGCUCUACCUUUGGGACCAGGCUGCAAAGGACUUUUACAAGAAAUUCACAUCCAGUGAGGACACUCCCACUGUUCUUUUGGUCACGACCGUUAACCCAAAAGUUAUAGCAGGUAAUCAGUUACUCCCUUAUCAUCACCGAACAAAAAAAAAAUUAAUCCCUAUCAUCACCGAACCACUGAUAAUACAAACGUUAAUGUUUUGCCAUGCUGUUUGUCAUCGCUCUCUACUGUUUGCUUAUCAAGUUAUCAAACACGUUUGUGAUCCAAUAUAAUUAAAAUAACCUGGGCAAUUUUCUCAGGUUUAUGAUCCAUCCUUUAUCAAUUACACUUUCAUUACAAUGUGAAUGCUUGAUUGUUUCAGAAAGCAUUAGGUUGCGUUUGUUUGCUGUUGUGUUACAUUGAGUUGAGCUGUGAUAUGUGGUCAUCUUCACUUUCCGAACUUUCAGAUAUUCAUGAUAGUGUUACUAACGUGUGUUUUAAUGUGUUAACCACAAGAACAGGUAAUUUAGCUCUCAGUUCGAUGGCCUCCUCCCGUGUCUUUAUUGACAAAGAUAUCCAGCCCACGAUUGAUUACUUCAGCUGGUUGGGUUCUAACCCAGAGAUUGCAAAGCGGGUAAAUGCAGAUGAGGUUACUAGGUCUGAGACAAUGACAAUUGGGCAGAUCUAUGCUUACAUCAAGCAGGAAAAUGCCAAGGAAGCUUCUUUCGACUGCAUAGCCACAACUGAUGAUCUUAAGCGUGACAGUGCAUGGUACUAUAUUGGCUGCAGCGGUUGUCAAACAAAGGCCACCAGAGGUCCUUCUUCGUUAAUGUACGCCAAGUGCGGCAAAAAUAAUGUGUCUGGUGUAGCGAAGUGUGCAUUCUAACCUCCCAACUUCAUGUUUCAUCUUUCUUUUUUCACGAUCAUGUUUCAUUUUCUACAAUUUGAUUUCUGUUUACUUUUAUUUCAGGUAUCUCGCAAAGAUCUCUGUCUAUGACAAAAAUGACCAGGCUGUUUUUGUCCUAUUUGGUGAUGCAGGAAGUGAGUUGACAGGAAAGCAUGCGGCAUAAUUGGUUAACAACUACUUUGAGGUACCUAGCCAUCAACUCAAACCCCUCCCAGUUCAUCUAAAACUAACUUUAUUCUUCCUCGAAUGUUUUAGGCUAAUCAAGACCUUGGUGCUGGCCAUCAGAUGCCUGUCCCCCAAGCAUUAAUCGACACCAUUGGCCAAACACAUAAUUUCAGGGUCAACGUGUCUAAGCUCAACUUGACAGGCAAGAUUCAGGCCAUAACCGUUACGAAGAUUGUCUAAGCGAUAUAACAUUAAAGCAAUGUUAAAAAUAUAUCGCCGACCAAAAAACAUUAAAGCAAUGUUAAAAAUAUAUAUCGCCUACCAAAAAACAAUUUACGCUCACCUCCAAAUAAAAAAAAUAGAAACAUAAUAUUUUACAAAUCGUAAUGUACCAUAAAUAUUCCACCAUUAUACGAACGUGAUUGACGGCAUAAAUUUUGCACCCAAACAUUAAGUCAAACCCAAUUGUUUUUGAUAAAAUCUUCUUCCGAAAAAACAUAAGAAAUUAAUUACACUAUGUGUUUUGCCCACACUUGCGGGCUUAGUAAUUUUACAAAAACUUAUAAAUAGAUUGUAUAUUAUCAAUUCAAAAAUCAUUAGAAUAAAUUAUUUUCAUUUUUAUAUACGAUUAAAAAAGCUAUUUUAAUAAAAUAUCUUUUAUUAUGUAAAAUAAACUUGAAAAAAUUUAUAUACACAUAAAAAAUAUAUAAGGAUUUAUAUGGAUUUUUAGAAUACCGUUACGUAAAAUAUUUUGGGAUAGCAUAAUCUAUAAUAUUUUUAGAUAAUGAUAUUUAUCGAAUUAAUUAAAAUCGUUUUUUAUUUAUAGGUAAUUAUAUAUUAACAAAUCUAAUCUAACUAUUUAUUAAGAGAUAAUUACAUUAAACGUUCGAACUUUUAACGUGAGUGCGAAAAAAUCAUUUCAAAAAUAAUAGUAUAAAUAUUUUAGAAUUAUUCGCCAUUUUAUUUUCAAAAAUUAUCACAAUAAAUAAUUUUGAUAGUCCUAAGAAAUUUAUUAUAAACGAUUGAUGAUUUAAUAUAUAUAUAUAUAUAUAUAUAUUGUUUAAUAUUACUAAACCAAAUAUAAUAUAAACAUAUAUAUAAUAUAAAUAUAAAUAUAUAUAUAUAAUAUUUAUAUUACUAAUUUAAAUAUAAUAUAAAUUCAAAUAU